AUGGCAUCGAAUGAUCAACUGAUGACGAAAGACAAAGAAAGGGACGGCGACGAAAUUUACACCAGAGAUGGAACCGUAGAUUAUCAUGGAAAUCCGGCUAACAAGAAUCAAACUGGAACCUGGAAGGCCUGCCCAUUCAUUUUAGGGAACGAAUGUUGUGAGAGAUUGGCAUAUUAUGGAAUGGGGACAAAUCUAGUACUGUAUUUCAAGCACAGGCUGGGCCAGCAGGGGGCUACAGCGUCCAAGAAUGUUGCAGAUUGGAGUGGAACUUGCUACUUCACUCCUUUGCUCGGAGCUUUUCUUGCUGAUGCCUAUCUUGGUAGAUACUGGACUAUUGCCUCUUUCUCCCUCAUCUAUGUCAUUGGAAUGGCACUCUUGGCACUAUCUGCAUCAAUUCCUGGCAUCAAGCCCAUCUGCGACGUAGAAGUAGGCAACUGCAAGGCCACCGUCACGCAGAACGCGGUGGCGUUUUUAGCUCUCUACCUCAUUGCUCUCGGCACCGGCGGCAUCAAGCCCUGUGUUUCCUCCUUCGGAGCUGACCAGUUCGACGACGCCGAUGAAGCUGAGAAGGAGAAGAAGGGCUCCUUCUUCAACUGGUUCUAUUUCUCCAUCAACGUUGGCGCUCUCAUCGCCGCUUCUGUGCUGGUGUGGAUUCAGGACAACGUCGGGUGGGGAUUGGGGUUUGGGAUCCCGGCGGUGGCGAUGGCCGUCGCGGUGGUUUUCUACUUUUCCGGCACGAGGUUGUAUCGGCACCAGAAGCCCGGCGGGAGCCCUCUUACUCGCCUGUUUCAGGUGGUUGUGGCGUCCCUGAGAAAGCACAAGGUUGAUGUUCCAGACGAUAAACGUCUUCUGUACGAGCUUGAGGCUGAUACAGAGUCUGCCGUUGUCGGAAGCCGCAAACUUGAUCGCACUUCAGGAUUGAGAUUCUUGGACAAAGCUGCGGUGGUGGAACACUCCGACGACGGGAAAGGCACGGUGGACCGAUGGAGACUCUGCACCGUAACCCAAGUGGAAGAGCUAAAGGCCAUUAUUCGUCUCCUUCCUGUGUGGGCCACGGGAAUCAUCUUCGCCACCGUGUACGGCCAAAUGAGCAACUUUUACGUCCUCCAAGGCGAGACCAUGGACACCCGCUUCGGCAAUUCCUCUUUCGAAAUCCCUCCGGCGUCUCUCUCCCUCUUCGACACUCUCAGUGUGCUCUUCUGGGUCCCCGUCUACGACCGCCUUAUCGUCCCCUUCGCCUCGAAACUCACCGGCAACAGACGAGGCCUCACUCAGCUCCAGAGAAUGGGCAUCGGCCUCUUCAUCUCCAUCUUCUCCGUCCUCUUUGCCGGAGUUCUUGAGCACGUCAGACUCAGAAUGAUGCAGAAGCAUAACUACUACGAGAUGAAAGAAAUUCCGAUUUCUAUAUUCUGGCAGGUCCCCCAGUACUUCAUCAUUGGGUGUGCUGAGGUUUUUACGUUUAUUGGACAAUUAGAGUUCUUCUACGAGCAAGCUCCUGAUGCUAUGAGAAGUGUGUGUUCUGCUCUUUCACUUCUCACAGUCGCACUGGGACAGUACGUGAGCUCGCUGCUUGUGACCAUUGUUACCAAAAUUACUGCCAGAAAAGGGAGCCCCGGCUGGCUGCCUGAUAAUCUCAACUAUGGGAAGCUUCAUUAUUUCUUCUGGCUUUUAUCUGCGUUGAGUGUGAUCAACUUUCUGGCUUUCCUUGUGGUGGCUAAGAUGUAUAAAUACAAAAGGACCCUUGGAACACUUCGCUGA